AUGGUAAAACUUCGUUUGAAACGAUGUGGUAGAAAGCAACGAGCCGUCUAUCGAAUCGUUGCAAUUGAUGUUCGAUCCCGAAGAGAAGGAAAAGAUCUUCAGAAAGUGGGUUUUUAUGAUCCGAUAAAGAAUCAAACUUAUUUAAAUGUUCCUGCUAUUUUAUAUUUCCUUGAAAAAGGGGCUCAACCUACAGAAACUGUUCAGGAUAUUUUAAAGAAGGCAGAGGUUUUUAAGGAACUUCGUCUUAAUCAACCGAAAUUCAAUUAA